CCGGAAACACUUGCUGAGUGGAUCCACCGGUUUUCACUUCCUACAUGUCCACUGCUAACAGAGCUGCACAAUGAAAAUACUAACUUUAUUAGGAUUAUUUUCAGCAUGCUUUUUAGCAAACAGCAUCAACAUCGAGAAUAGCGCAGGGCAGUUCUUCAGCAGUGGGCAUACGAACAAUUGGGCCGUUCUGGUGUGCACAUCCAGAUUCUGGUUCAACUACCGACAUGUGGCAAAUACUCUAUCUGUGUACAGAAGUGUGAAGAGGCUGGGCAUCCCUGACAGCCACAUAGUUCUGAUGCUGGCUGAUGACAUGGCUUGUAACCACAGAAAUCCCAAACCUGCUACAGUGUUCAGUCACAAAAACAUGGAGCUGAAUGUGUAUGGUGACGAUGUGGAAGUGGACUAUCGAGGUUAUGAGGUAACUGUGGAGAACUUCCUGCGAGUUUUGACUGGGCGCCUGCCUCCCAGCACACCACGCUCUAAACGCCUCCUUUCUGAUGAUCGAAGCAACAUCCUCAUAUACCUGACAGGCCACGGUGGGAAUGGCUUUCUGAAGUUCCAGGACUCUGAGGAGAUUAGUAAUGUGGAACUGGCAGAUGCUUUUGAGCAGAUGUGGCAGAAAAGAAGGUAA